AUGUCGUGUGGGUUCAACUCGUCGGGUAUAAAGAACCUAAAAAUCAUAAUCAUCGGCGCCACUGGCUCUAUCGGCUCUGUCGUCCUUGAAGCCUUCCUCAAGGAGCCUUCCUUCACCAUUAGCGCUCUCCAACGCGCCUCAUCCAAGUCUAAACUCAGCUCAGAUGUCAAUGUGAUCUCCAUUGAUGAGUCGUACCCAUUAAACGCUCUUGUCUCGGCAUUCAGCGGUCAGGACGUUGUGGUCAACUGCAUGACAUCGUCGGCCGUGGGUGACCAGAAACGCUUUAUUGACGCCGCCGUUGAGGCCAAUGUCAAGCGUUAUGUUGCUUCUGAGUUCGGUUUAAAUAAUAACCGCCCUGAUGCCCGAGCUCUCAAUUCUGUUUUCCGCGAAAAAGGCGAGAUCCAGGACUAUCUCCGCUCCAAGGUCGAUGCCGGCCUCGAGUGGAUGUCUAUUGCCUGCGGAAUGUGGCUCAAAUGGAGCACCACGCACGAUUUCCUCGGCAUGCACGUCAAAGAAAGACGUAUGGUCAUUUGGGACGAGGGCAAUGGUUAUAUCAGCACCUCAACUCAGGAUAACACCGUCCUGGCUAUUAUUAAGGCAUUGACCGAAAAAUGGGAGGAGACCAAGAACAGGAUCGUCUUCUUGAGCGAGUACGCCAUCACACAGAACGAACUACUCGCCUUUCUUGAGCGCUUCAGUGGUGAGAAGUUCACUGUUGAGCGCAUCAACUCAGAAGAAUUCAUUAAACAAAAGAAGGCUGCAGUCGAGGCUGGCGAUCCAUAUGCUGUGUACGAUCUCAUUGAUGUUGGCUUCGCAAGUGGUCGCUUCGGUGGCCAUUUAGAAAAGGAGGGCAAGAUUGAUAAUGAUCUUCUCGGAUUACCCAAGAGAUCUCUUGAGGACAUUAUGCGAGAGGCCUAUGAAGCAGUCAAUUAA